AGAAGAAAAAAGAAAAUGGGGGGCCAAAAAAACAAAAAACAAACAACAACAAAAAAAACACCGCUCCGCGCUGAGGAUUCUGGGCUCUGUAGUUCGGAAGCACGAUUGCGCAGGCGCACUGGCUUGCUUGGAGGCCGGCCCCACCAAGCCGGCGCCAUUGAUGGAAGCGUUCUCGUCCUGCUCUGCGAGUGCCAGCAGUGUUCUCGGUUCCGCAGCCAGGUAUGCCUUCUGCAGGACUCCAUUCUAGCCAGAGAGGGGAACACAGAGGAAGAGAUUAUGGCUGCUGUGGUUUUUUCAGUUGGACCUAUGAAUCCUGAAGAUUCCCAGGCAGAUAACGAUCUUCACCUUCAGCCAGAAGAGCCAGAGCUGGUAAAGGAUCCCGUGACGUUUAAAGAUGUGGCUAUAGACUUCACGUUAGAAGAGUGGAGGUUGAUGGACCCUUCACAGAGGAAACUACACAAGGAUGUGAUGCUAGAGAAUUAUAGGAAUCUUGUCUCCCUGGGGCUUGCAGUUUCCAAACCAGAAAUGAUAUCUCAUUUGGAGGCUGGAAAAGGACCAUGGGUGGUAGUGAGAGAAAUUGCAAGAACCCCCUACCCAGAGUUGGAGACCAAACCUGCAACCAAGAAUGCUGUAUCAACAGAGGAUGUUUCUGAAGAUGUAUCACAAGAGAUUGUAAUAGAUAAACUCAUGGAGAAUGGUCUGUGGAACUCCAGAAUGGGAGGAUUAUUUAAAUGGAAUGAAAGGAAAUUAAAAUUGUCAAACAGUCAGGAAAAUCAUUUGAAUCAAAAAAUAGUUACUCACAAGAAAAUUCCCUCUAGUCAAAGAAGAUUUAGAUUUGGAUCUCUUCUUUUUCCUGAAGCAGGCAUUAUCACAGAGGAACCCCACAGCAAAUGCCAAACACAUGAGAAUUUCACUGAGAAUUUAGAUUUGGUUACAGAUACCCAUCUGGGGAAGAAACUUUGCAAGGAUACAGAAGGUAGCAAAGCCAUAAGGCCUACUUCGGAACUUACCUUAGGGGAAAGAUACAAUAAUAAAGAAAAACCCUAUAAAUGUAGUACAUGUGAAAAGUCCUUUCGUUAUAGGUCAUUACUCAUUCAACAUCAGAGAACUCACACUAAAGAAAAACCUUAUGAAUGUAAUGAAUGUGGGAAAAUGUUUAGCCAGCCUUCAUAUCUCAGUCAACAUAAAAAAAUUCACACAGGAGAAAAACCCUAUAAAUGCAAUGAAUGUGGAAAGGCCUUCAUUGCUUCUUCAUCACUUAUGGUACAUCAGAGAAUUCAUACUAAGGAGAAACCUUAUCAGUGCAAUGUCUGUGGAAAGUCUUUUAGCCAGUGUGCUCGCCUUAAUCAACACCAGAGAAUUCAAACCGGAGAGAAACCCUAUAAAUGUAGUGAAUGUGGGAAAGCUUUCAGUGAUAAAUCAAAACUUGCAAGACAUCUAGAAACUCACAAUAGAGAGAAACCCUACAAAUGUAAUGAUUGUGGGAAAGCCUUUAGGAAUAAGUCAUAUCUUAGUGUACAUCAGAAGACCCAUACUGAAGAGAAACCAUAUAAAUGCAAUGAGUGCGGGAAAUCAUUCAAGAAUACCACAAUUUUUAAUGUCCAUCAGAGAAUUCAUACUGGAGAGAAACCCUUUAGAUGUAAUGAAUGUGGGAAAGCCUACAGAAGUAAUUCAAGCCUUAUUGUACAUAUAAGAACUCAUACUGGGGAAAAACCCUAUGAAUGUAAUCAAUGUGGGAAAGCAUUCAAUCGUAUAGCAAAUUUCACAGAACAUCUAAGAAUUCAUACAGGAGAAAAACCCUAUAAAUGUAAUGAAUGUGGGAAAGCAUUCAUUAAUUAUUCAUGCCUUACUGUACACCACAGAAUGCAUACAGGAGAGAAACCUUAUAAAUGUAAUGAAUGUGGAAAGGCCUUCAUGCGUUCUUCAUCCCUAAUUAUACAUCAGCGAAUUCAUACUGAAGAGAAACCUUACCUAUGCAAUGAGUGUGGGGAAUCUUUCAGAAUAAAAUCACACCUAACUGUACAUCAGAGGAUUCAUACUGGAGAGAAACCAUAUAAAUGCACUGACUGUGAGAGGGCAUUUACCAAAAUGGUAAAUCUCAAAGAGCAUCAGAAAAUUCAUACUGGAGUGAAACCUUAUAAAUGCUGUGAUUGUGAAAAAUCGUUCAGGACUAAAUCAUACCUUAUUGUACAUCAAAGGACCCAUACUGGAGAAAAACCAUAUAAGUGUAAUGAAUGUGAGAAAGCUUUCACUAAUACAUCACAACUUACUGUACAUCAAAGAAGGCAUACUGGAGAAAAACCCUAUAAAUGUAAUGAGUGUGGGAAGGUUUUCACAAGUAACUCAGGCUUUAAUACCCAUCAAAGAACACAUACUGGAGAGAAACCAUUUAAGUGUAAUGACUGUGGGAAAGCAUUUAGCCAGAUGGUACAUGUCACAGAACAUCAGAAAAUCCAUAGUGGAGAGAAACCCUAUAAAUGUGAUGUCUGUGGAAAAGCCUUUAGGAGAGGUUCAUACCUUACAGUGCAUUGGCGAACACAUACUGGAGAAAAACCCUAUACAUGUAAGGAAUGUGGAAAAGGUUGUAUCACUCUAUCACAACUAACUCUCCAUCAGAGAAUUCAUACUGGGGAAAGGCCCUAUAAAUGUGAAGAAUGUGGAAAAGCCUUCAGAACCAACUCAGACUUUACUGUACAUCUGAGGAUGCAUACUGGAGAAAAACCCUAUAAAUGUAAUGAAUGUGGGAAAGCCUUUAGGAGUAGCUCCAGCCUUACUGUACAUCAAAGAAUCCAUCAAAGAGAAACUCAGCUAAUAUAAAGAUUAAUAAAGCAUUCAUCCAGAUGCCAACACCACAAGAAAAAUCAAACUGUGUCUUUUAUCGACAAUUCACCAGAGAAAAUACACACUUAAGAGAUACUUUAGAGGGGGUGUCUGGGUGGCUCAGUUGGAUAAGCAUCUACCUUCACUCAGGUCAUGAUUCCGGGGUCUGGGGAUCGAGCCCCACAUCGGGCUCCAUGCUCAGUGGGGAGUCUGCUUCUUCCUCUGCCCCUCCCCCUGCUCUUGCUCUCUCUCUCGUGCUCUCUUUCAAAUAAAUAAAGUCUUUUAAAAAGAGAGAGAUACUUUAGAAACAUAAGAAUGUGUUAAAGCAUACUGUCAUAUUAAAUAUUAGAAGGUCUAAGGAAAUUCACAAUAGAGAAAAUAAUGGACAAAUGAAAAUAUUCAUCCAGAUUUCAUACUAAACAAAUCAUCAUCAGUGAAUUGCCUAUAUAUUUUUCACCUAUUUUUGUAUUGGUUUGUCUUUCUUACAAAUCUGGAGGUGCUCUUUAUAUGUUUGAAAUAUUAAUCUUUUUUCAUGUGUGUUACAAAUUUUUUUAAUCUAGUGAUUGUCUUUAUGCUUUUUUAUGUAGUAAAAGAACAUUUUAAUUUUUCACAGUAAGAUAUUUAUAUAUUUUCCCUUUUUAGAUAGUUAAUUUACUCUUUUAAAAAGUUAAACAGGUCUCCUUCAUCCCUAAUUUGUUUCUAAGAUUUUGAUUAUUUUUUUACAUUAAAGUCUUUAAUCCAUCUGGACUAGAUGGCUAGUCACAGAAGAGUAAAUGGCGAUUAAUCUCUGAAAAUGUUAAUGAAUCUAAGAAAUACUCAGGGAAAUGUGAAUUAAAACAACCAAUGUAAAACAAAAAAACCCCCAACCAAUAAGCUGUCACUUUGACUUUGUGAAGUUGGCAAAAAUUAAGAGAUCUUUUGCUAGUGGGUUUUGGGAAACCAUCUACUUUUACAAAAAGGUUAUAUAUCAACUUAUAUUUCUACCAGCAAUUCAGCAAUAUAUAAGUUUUUAAAUAAUUUUUAAAAUAAAAAUACUUUGACCUAGCAGUCUCAUGUUGGGAAUCUGCCCCCACAGAAGUAACAUCAUCAAUGCAUAAAAAUACAAUUAAGGAAUUUUGUUGAGCUAUUGUUUGUAGAGGCAAAGUAGAAAACCAAGUGGAGACAAAGUGACCAUUAAUGGAAUGGUUGAAUAAAUGGUGAUAUAACCAUUCUGUGGAACAGCAUGAGAGUGAUUUUUAAAAUUAGUUAUAUCUACACUAGUUGAUCUCAAGGUAUUUCCACAAUUUUAAUAACUAAUUGCUUUAUUACAGAGCUUUAUGUGUACAGGGCAUUUUUAGAGAGUGAAAUAGAACAGAAAAGAAGAAAAAACACUAGAAAGAUGAAGACAAAACUGGGAACCUGAGGUUAAAGAUGACAGACACAUGGGACACCUGGGUGGCUCAGUCGGUUAAGU